AGCAUCGGGGGAAGAGGAAACCUGAGCGCCUGCCUGAUGCUGCCUGGGCAUUUCUGAAAUUGCUCGAUUCUGUUUAAUUAUGCAUGCAAAACUGGUUUGGUUUCUGGGCUUCGGGAAUCCCACUGGGAAGAGAUUUGACCCGGAGAGAAGCCAGAUGAGCAGUUUGGCUGAAGUAGUGAGGGCAAGAUUUGCAAAAGCAGCUGGGUGAGCACCGGGAUGAGCCAGGAAAAGAGCUCAUAACCUUUUUAUCUUUCAAUUAUCUUGAAGGGUAGCGUUAGGCUUGCUUUAGAGGCACAGGGGCAGUACCGUGGGGCUUGCAGGCUUUCUGAGCACACCGAUUGUCACCAGAUCUUGCUUCCCUCCCCUCUCCCGGCUGCAUCACCUCCUUUGCUGUCCGUCCCCGUGGCUCCUGCUCGAAACGCCCCGUCCCUGCUCAUCCCGCUGUUCUCCAGCAAUUUUCUGAGCUAGCACCGCAUCCGUUGGCCGCAGGUGGACCAGAGGCACCACCUUUCAGACCCGGGUCAUGCUGGUUCACCUACAAAGCCGGGCAGCCAGGCAGCAGCUUCCUUCACAUGCGGCCGCCGUCCACGGCACACCAUGCCCCAACGCCAGGUCGUGAAGAUGUCCACCAGCCGCGCCAGCUACGGCGUCUGCGUGCUGGGCACCGAGGUCUUCCUUGACACCCACCGAUCUACCCCCAAAGGUGCCACGUCAUUCGAUGUCCAUGCCACCUCUGCAGUUACGGUCCACAUCAUCCACAACCCCAUGACAAAACCCAUGUUUAACUCCAGAUGGCCACUGGAUCCUGAUAUAGAGGUUGUAGUGACCAUCGAUGUCACCAGCAAGACCGUCAACGACAAUAAGGUUAAGAUUUCAUACUACGGACGGGAAGAGAAUGAGCUUUCGGUGGCUUGGUUGUACCUCACCUGCGUAGACAUAUCCCUGGACGUGGAUGUGAGCCGUAAUGGCAGAGUGAGGAGCAAAGGGAAGGACAAGGCCAAGUGGACGUGGGGUCCGGAUGGGCAAGGUGCUGUGCUGCUGGUCAACUGCGACAGGGACAGCCCCGGCGCGGUGGGGACAGACAGCGGCCAGGUGGACAUACGGACCACUGCAGACCUCCAGGACAUGUCUGUGAUGCUGCUGCGGACUCAAGGUCCCAGCAAUAUCUUUGCUGAGUACCAGCUGGUCCUGCACGUCCCCGAGUCGGACGCAGACAAAGUGCGUGUUUUCCAUGCCAUACGGAGUGACUCACACCCCCAGUACAAACCCGUGCUGGGGCCGGGUAAGCUCUCCUACGUGCUAGACCGUGUCGGCAGUGGAGAAAACACCUUCUACGUGGAAGGGUUGGCUUUCCCUGAUGCGAGCUUCUCCGGGUUGGUUUCCUUCAGCGUCAGCUUACUGGAGGUCCCCCAUAAGUAUUCGCCGGGCACCCCGAUUUUCACGGAUACGGUGGUUUUCCGCAUGGCACCCUGGAUAAUGACGCCCAACACCCAGCAGCCUCUGGAGGUUUUUGUCUGCAGCAUCAAGAGGGGCAUCAACUCCAACGAGGUCUUUCUGGAGGAGCUCCAGGCCCUGCUGAGGAAAGCCAACUGCAAGCUGACCAUCUGCUCAGAGGUUGAAAGCCGGAGUGACCGCUGGAUCCAGGAUGAGCUGGAGUUCGGCUACGUGGAAGCGCCGCACAAGACCUUCCCCGUGGUCUUCGACUCACCCAGGAACAGAGGCUUGAAGGACUUUGCUUUUAAAAAGAUCCUGGGCCCCGAUUUUGGCUACGUGACCCGCGAGCCCCCUGGACACGAAGCCUCCAGCCUCGACUCCUUCGGCAACCUGGACGUGAGCCCACCGGUGACGGUGCGGGGCAAGGAGUACCCGCUGGGCCGCAUCCUGAUCGGCAGCCCCCUGCCCUGGGCCUCCGGCCGGCGGAUGUCGAAGGUGGUGAGGGAUUUCCUUUACGCCCAGAAGGUGCAAGCGCCGGUGGAGAUCUACUCGGAGUGGCUGCGGGUGGGCCACGUGGACGAGUUCCUCACCUUUGUCCCCGCAUACGACAGGAAGGGUUUCCGGCUCCUGUUGGCCAGCCCCACCGCCUGCUACAAGCUCUUCCAGGAGAAGCAGAGGCAGGGCCAUGGCGAAGCCACACAGCUCGUGGGGAUGUCGGGCACCGAGCGGAGGAGCAUCGACGACAUCCUGGCGGAUGAGGGGCUGAGGAGCGACAACAAGCACGUGCAGCGCUGCAUCGACUGGAACCGUGACCUCCUGAAGCAGGAGCUGGGGCUGAGCGAGCAGGACAUCAUCGACAUCCCCCAGCUCUUCAUCCUGAACGGCUCCCGCGCGGACGCCUACUUCCCAGACAUGGUGAACAUGCUGGUGCUGGGCAGGCACCUGGGCAUCCCCAAGCCCUUCGGGCCACUGGUGGCCGGGCAGUGCUGCCUGGAGGAGCGCGUGCGGGCGCUGCUCGAGCCCCUGGGGCUCUCCUGCACCUUCAUCAACGACUACUUCUCCUACCACGUCCUCUCCGGUGACGUCCACUGCGGCACCAACGUCCGCCGCAAGCCCCUAGCUGCCAAGUGGUGGCACGUGGUGCCCUGAAGUGCCCGGGCAGGGGCUCUGGUCUGUCCUGACAGCGGAUGAUUUAUCUCAAAAUAAAGCGUUUUGCCAAUAUGA